CUGUAGAAGAAUCUGAAAAUAAAAACAACUAAUCCAACACAGCUGUCUUUUAAUCCUAAAUAUCAAUAGCAAGUAUUAGAACAAUUAUUUAGAGUUGUUAUUCUUCUUUAUCAAAACAAAAAACUGAAGUUUUAAACAUAUUCAUUCUAUUUUUGAGGAAGUUCCGAUAAUUCCACAGAACACCACACCCCAGUGAUGUCAUCAGCAACAUCCGUAUUAACGUUGUUAAUAAAUAUAGAAUGCAUAUGAAAUGUACUUUCUUCCUGUAAACUGAGCGGAAACACAGGAAGUGAGAUGUGUCAGCAUCACGUCUACAUUCAGUGUGAACAUGAUGUUGGUCAACUUUAAGACACACACACACACAAACACACGCACACACACACACACCCAUGCGCACGCACACACACACACACACACACACAAACACACACACAAACACACACACACACACACACACAAACAGAAACAAAGAGUAAAAGCAGCUUUUGAGUGUGGAUCAGUCAGUCAGUAGUUUUGGCUUUGUCUGUUUAUGUUUUGUUUUGCAGGUCUGGUCAGAGGGUGUCACAUUAUGGCUCAACGAUGUCUCAAGUUUUUAAAAUACACCAUGUGUGUCGCCAACUUCCUUUGUUUUUUGUGCGGCGUGGCGGUUCUGGGCUUUGGCGUGUACAUGUUGGUGAACAUCGGGAUGGUCGCACUCCUCCCCAGCCUGCCUAGCGUCAACAUUGCCAACAUGCUGCUUAUCAGCGGCAUUGUCAUCACCUGCGUGUCCUUCCUGGGGUUCCUGGGUGCUCUGAAGGAGAACCGCUGUCUCCUCCUUAUGUAUUUCCUGCUGCUGUUCCUUCUGAUGCUGGUGGAGCUGACCGCAGCAUGUCUGCUACUCUGGUACGGGGAACAGCUAUCUGGAGUGAUAACAGAAGAUCUCAAAAAGAGUUUGGAAGAAGCCAAAGGAAGUACUGGAAAUCAAACACUGAGUGCGUGGGAUCUGGUUCAGAAUAAAUUUAACUGCUGUGGAGUCACAAACUAUACGGAGUGGAAUGACAAGGUGCCGAAAUCUUGCUGCCAGACAAAUUGCAGCACCUCACACCCUCCUUACUGGGAAAAGGGUUGUUUGGUAAAAAUGACGACCUUGUUUGAGGACAAUUUCCUUACCACCGGAAUUUCCGUCAUCGUCCUCUGCAUGAUUGAGGUUUUGGGGAUGUGUUUCGCCAUGACGCUCUUCUGCCACAUAAGUCGAUCUGGACUGGGCUACAAGAUGUAGAUCAGUGGAAGGCAAACAGUGGCCUAUGGACCAGAUUAGGCCCCCUCAGAAAAAUAUUUGGCCAUUCAAAGAGAGUUGAACCUUUUGCUUUAUUAUUCACAAAUCUACUAUAGGUAAAUGUAUAUAACUGUUGAUUAAAUGUUGGCUCUUUUCCGUGGCGACAAAAACUGAUUUUUUUUAAACAUAAAGGACAACGGUCUCUAUGCUAAGUUUUAAAGGUCAUCAGUGACAAUUUUCAUCUCAUUGUGUCAGAAGCAUGUUGUGACCUCUGCAUUGUGUUCCAUUUUUUACUUGACUAACUUUCUCAUGUACCCGAAAGUAAAGCUAAAAAUAUUUGAUACGUGGUCCAGAUCACUGGGUCGGAUGAGAUAAGGCGGUUCUAAAUGAUAUUUGUGUCUGUGCAGUCAAACAUCUACACUUAUAUUUCAUAAGGAAUAAUUGUUUUGAACAUUACAAA